CCAACUUAAAUGUCAGUUUACCAUAUGAUCUGAUACAACCAAAAGUGUUUGAAUACAGAACCUCCAACAGGUUGAUAUAAUCUUUGGUCCAGAUGGUGAACCGAGUCAGUCGCAGAGUUGAGGUCAAGGUGCAACGACGGUUAAUUCUUGACUAUGUUCAUCAAGGGCUGAUAGCACUGUGGAUUAUGCCCCCUUUAUCUAGAUGCUAGAAGUCCCCGGGUCAAAUAAUGGCUCUCUUUGUACCUGAAGUCGGUACUUAUUAGAAACUAACGGUUGCCUGGACAUAGCUUUAGACGUUAAUCAGUGUGCUUGUUAGACUUGAAUGGUAAAAGCUCUACUCAAGUUCUUGUGUCUUUGCUAGCAAAAUAACUGUACUUUAAUUCGUUUACAAUAAAUUAGUAUCGAUCCCUAGUACUUUGUAGGAUUUCGGAUAGUAUUUUAAUAGGACUCACUUUAUUUUGUGUUGGUUAGACUGUGAACAAGUGACAAUAGGUGUGACUCAAUACUAUACGUGAUACUGAAUUGCAUUAUUGGGUUUUAGUUUUAUUCUGUUCGGAUUUUACUCACAAACUCAUUACUUAGUCAAAUUAUUUACACUAUUUCUCUACUCCUUAUGUAUUUAGUUUAAAGAAUGUAUGCAGAUAUAUUCAGUUCUUCUGACAGUGAUCGGGAAGAGGAGCCAGUUAGACGUAUCGAGUCACGCCCUUUACAUUUGUCUAGUGAUGAAGAAGAUAUUAAACGUAUUGUUAAAAGUGGUCGGAAUAAACGAUGUGAAGAAAUGCAAAGUAUAAUAAAGAACUUGAACAAUCAUAAGAAAAUUAAGGAUAUGUCAAAUGUAAUCAUUGAUUUUCAAAACUUGGUAAAAGUGUACGAGAAAUCUGUUCAAAUGAAUGAUUUCGAUGGAGUGCCACCGUUUUAUGUUCGCUGUAUAGCAGAGCUUGAAGAUUUUGUUAACGAUUCGUGGGAAAAGAAAAAAGAGAUGAACAAGAGUGCAGUUAAAUCACUUGCCACGUUAAAACAACGUGUGAAGAAAUAUACACGACUGUUUGAAGCAAAUAUUCGCGACUUUCGUGAAAAUUCAGAAAAUUAUGUAGAUGAAGAACCUGGGAUUUCUGAUACCGAAGCUGAUGAACAGGAAACAGCUCCUUCACCGACAAAGGUUCCUGGAACUUUACCUACUUCCACUGUCAAGAAAUCAACACGAAAGUCGAUUGCAUCUGAUUCAGAGGACGAUGACGAUGAUAUGGAUGAUAGUGAUAGUGAUGAUUUUUCUGAUGAUGAUAGUUCAAGUACUAGCAGUAUUGAUAUCAAUUUGGAUCGUUGUAAAGAUCCUUCGGUAUACUUUUUAAAAAGUACUUCGGAUGAUAAAAAGGAUAAAACGAAAAUUAAGAAAAUUGCAAAAGAUCGAUCAACUAAAAAACAAUUAAGAGCUUCAUCUGAUAUAGAAGAUGGAACAUGGACUACAAUCGAUUCUUACGGACGACCGGAAAUUCAAGUUCAAGCCUUUGAAAAAGGACAAGAAAUUAAUUUUGAUGUCGUAGUUAAGAAAAUGACAGAAAUUUUGGCAAGUCGUGGUAAAAAAGGUGCAAGUACCAGUGAUCAAAUUGUGUUACUUAUGCAAGUUGAAGAAAAAAUUAAGGAGUGUAAUCUAUCUCAUGGUUUACACGCUAAAGUACUAUUCGCUUUUAUUAGCGUAUUGUUCGAUUAUGACAAAAAGCAUGAUUGUAUGAACUCCAGCUUAUUCGACCGAACUCUUAAUGCAUUCGAUCGUUUAUUUGAUCUGUUAAAUGAAAUAAAUAUUCAAUUGAUUGCAUCAGAUUCUAAUGAUGAUGAAUCAUUUGAGCAUGAACCGUACCGUAUCAAAGCAUCUAUUCUGACUGUGGUGGGUCUUUUAGAUGUUGAAUGUUUCAAAGUUCUGCAAAAUGCCAACGGCCAUGAAUCAGAAUAUGUUGAAAGACUUCGAGAUGAACGAAGAGUCUGUAAUAUUAUUGAUCGUUUAUGUGCCUAUUUGGAAAAGAAAGAAUAUCCUUCAGAUGCACUCUGUGCUGCUUAUCUUCAUAAACUGGAACACAUGUACUAUAAAUUUGAUUUUGAAUGGGGUCGCAAGGUGGAAGCUUCCAGUAUGGAAGAAGUUGGACUUCAUCCUAACACUUUGGUCAUUCAAAAACUAUGCGAAUUUAUUUAUUUAAAUGAUCGAACAGAUAGACUACGUACUAGAGCUAUUCUCUGUCAUAUUUAUCAUUUAGCUCUUUAUAAUCAGUGGUUCAAAGCUCGUGACUUGAUGCUUAUGUCUGAUUUGCAAAUGUCAAUUGAACAUGCUGAUCAGUCAACCAUGAUUCUGUAUAACCGUGCCAUGGUUCAAUUAGGGUUAUGCGCUUUCCGUCAGUCCCAUAUUCGUGACGCACAUAAUGCUUUAGCCGAUAUGAUAGGAUCUAAUCGUAUUCGGGAACUACUUGCUCAAGGUCUGCAUACUCAGUCUAGAUAUGAGAAAACUACUGAGGAAGAGAAGCGUGAACAAGCCUUGCAAAUGCCAUAUCAUAUGUUAUAA